AUGUGAGCCGGGGAGGCGGAAGGCGCUGCCCGCAUGGCCGCGGGGGGCGGCGGCAGGAAUGUGCCCCUGGGCCCCCGCGACGGCAUGAGGCGGGACGGCGGCGCCGAGCCCUACUGGUCCAGGCCCGAGUCCCGAGUGUGGACGCUGAUGCUGCUGCUGGGGACGUGCCUGCUGUACUGUGCCCGUGUCUCCGUGCCCAUCUGCGCCGUGGCCCUCAGCUCCUACUUCCACUGGGACAAGAAGCAGUUUGGUGUCGUGCUCAGCAGCUUCUUCUGGGGCUACUGCUUGACACAGAUCAUUGGAGGACACAUCAGUGAUCAGAUAGGAGGUGAGAAAGUCCUCCUCCUUUCAGCGUCAGCCUGGGGGCUCCUCACAGUCCUCACCCCACUGCUCACCCACAUCACUUCAGCCCAUCUGGUGUUUAUGACCUCCUCCAGGUUCCUCAUGGGGCUGCUGCAAGGGGUGUAUUUCCCAUCCCUGGCCAGCCUGCUGUCGCAGAGGGUGCGGGAGAGCGAGCGAGCCUUCACCUACAGCACAGUGGGGACUGGAUCACAGUUUGGAACGCUGCUGAUUGGAGGUGCAGGAUCUCUCCUCCUGGAUUGGUACGGCUGGGAAAGUGUUUUCUACUUUUCUGGUUUGCUCACUUUGCUCUGGGUUUAUUGCACCUGCAAAUACCUCCUGAGUAAGAAAGAACUCACCAUCCCCAUGAACUAUUUGACAAGAGGCCUCUCCAUACCCAAGCAGACCAAAGUUCCCUGGAAGCAGCUGUUCAGGAAGGCACCAAUCUGGGCUGUCAUCAUCGCUCAGCUCUCCACGGCCAGCACCUUCUUCACCCUCCUCUCCUGGCUGCCCACUUUCUUCAAGGAGACUUUUCCUGAGUCCAAGGGUUGGGUGUUUAAUGUAGUCCCCUGGCUGGUUGCAAUUCCAACGAGCUUGUUCAGUGGAUUUCUGUCUGAUCAUUUAAUCAGUCAAGGGUACAGAACCAUCACCAUUCGUAAGUUCAUGCAGGUCAUUGGCUCUGGUGUCUCAAGCAUUUUUGCUUUGUGCCUGGGCCAGACCUCCAGUUUCUGCAAAGCAAUAGUGUUUGCCUCAGCCUCUGUUGGACUGCAGACCUUUAACCACAGUGGCAUUUCAGUAAAUGUGCAGGACCUGGCCCCCUCGUGUGCUGGCUUGCUGUUUGGUGUUGCAAAUACAGGUGGAGCCCUACUAGGUGUCAUUUGUGUGUACCUGGCUGGAUACCUGAUUGAGACCACUGGCUCCUGGAUUUCUGUUUUCAACCUGGUGGCUGCUGUCAACAGCAUUGGGCUCUGCACAUUCCUCCUGUUUGGAGAGGCCCAGAGGGUGGACACAGACUCUGUGUAUGUGGAUCUUUAGAGAUGAGCCCAAGGUGCAGCUGAAGGACAGGAAAGUGUCACAUCUAUGGAUCAUUCUUGCACAAGUGCCAAAGAACAUUUUACUUUUUUUUUUAGGUGUUUUAACAGGAAAAACCAUGCUGAAACCAAGUACAUAAUGGGUCCGGAUGAAACCCAUGGGAGAAAAGAAAUUUAGAGUUCAUUUUUUUGCUCAGGGCUUUAGCUGGUGGCUUGCAGAGCCAUCCAGCUCAAUGUUUCCAGUGAGGAUGUGUUCUGUGGGACCAGUUUGUGCCAGUCUGUGUCUCGUGGACAAAUAUCCUUGUGGCCAAAGCAGCUGACCUGGCCUGUUUCCCAAGGCUGCUGUGGUUCCAUGCCCUCUUGAAGGAAGCUGCUUUUCCACACUGGAGUGGGGCUCCCAUGCCCUGCUGUCCUGGGCCCAGCUGGCUCUGGGGCUGCUGUGCCACCAGGUGUCCCCUGAGGUGUGACAGGAACAUCCCAACAGUACCUCUGCCCUUAACCCUGCGUGUGCCUUCCUCCUGCAGCAGGUACCAGCCAGUUCCCAGGGCUGUGGGUGACUUCCAGGCUUCCCUUCAGGGGAUGUGUGGCUGGAUGUGUGCCCUGGAGCCUGGGCCAUGGGGCUGUGUCAGUGCUGCUGUCACAGAGCUGGGAGGGGGCUCCAAGCCAAGCCUGGCUUUGCUCAAGCACCCCAGGUCUCCCUUCUGUGCCUGGUGGCUUCAGCCCAGCCCUGAGCCCAGGUGCAGCUGCACCAUGAGAGCAGAGCUGAGCUCAGGCCAGGCUUAGCUGGGCUGACCUUGCAGUGCAGCAGCAGCUGAGGAAUCCCCCUGGAACUGAUUUGUUAAAUGCUGUGAAUGUAUGGGAAGAGCUGGUCACACUCUGUGCUGUGGAUCUGCAACUCCCAAAUGCUUUCUGCAUCAUUACAUGUGUCCCCCACGUGCUCUCAAAGGGCUGAGGGAGACUUUCCAAAGAGCUUGGCAGGGGCAGGUCUCGUUUCUAUGUUAAGCAUAAAUCAAAUUUCUGCAUUGGGCAUCCACAGGGAUGUGGGUUCUGUGGUUCCCUGUGUCAGAGGGAAAUACUUGGCUGUAGACACCUCUGAGCCUGAAUGUCUUAAAGUCAUUAAUAAAUAUUUUAAAAUGUAAGCUCCAAAUGCUCUAUUUUAUGUACAGUAAUUUCACGAUU